AUGGAUGAAGUUGCCCAUGUGCCUGAGUUUAAGAAUCAGGCCCCAAGAGUGCUUCGAAAAGUUCGUGGAGUCUUAGGAAGCACUUUGGUUUCUUUCACCAUUAAGAUAGAGAACUGCUUACAAAUCAAUAUUAUGGUGUGGCCUAAGAAACUUGUGACAUGGGAGCUGAGUGUUCAUGAGUUUAGCAUUAGAUAG